AGAAAUCCGGAGACAAAAGGGCGCGUGGACAAUGGAGGUAUUCUAUCUGUUAUGCUCAAUCCUCUCCACCUUUCUCACUUCCCUCACUCUCUCCCUCCUCCUCCCGUUCCACACCCUCCUCCGCCGCUUCUCUUCACGCGCCGCCUCUUCCUCUUCCACCUCCCUCUACGAAGGCACCGUCUGGCACGAGCGCCGCCGUCCUGUUCACCACUCUUUUCGCUAUGCCGUCCGCUACGCGCUCAUUGACCUCGAUCACACGCCGCAACCCCUCCCCAACCACCUCUCCGCCGACGAAGCUCGCCGAAUUGCCGGCACCGGUGGCCGAACCUUGCUUUUGACAAUUCCGCAAAGCGUGGGAUAUGAGCAGAACCCACUGAGCUUGUACUACUGUUAUGAUGUUGGUGAGCAGCUUUUGAAAAAGUGCAUUGCUGAGGUAACCAACACACCAUGGGGAGAAAGAGUGACAUUUGUGUUCAACCCAAAUUCUGAUUUAGUGGCAAAACCAUUACAUGUCAGCCCUUUCAUGGAUAUGUUGGGGAAUUGGAGUAUCAGAGCAAAUGCUCCCGAAGAUGAUCUAUUUGUUUCAAUUUCGGUUCAACACCCAAACCUUGGCAAUUAUUUCACAGCUACCCUAAAAGCCAAAAGGGUAUCCUCAACUUCGGCAUCUGAUCACGCACUGUUUUUCUGGUUGAUGCCGCAUAAGGUUGCAGUGUGGAUUUAUUGGCAUGCCUUCAAACUGUGGUGGAAAAAUGUGUCAUUUGUCCAACAUCCAAGGUACUCCAACCCUGCAUAUAGGGAGGAAGCUUUGGUACGUGAUAGAAAACUUCAAUGCUGUCCGGCUGUUGGAUUUGGUGAAGAUAAAUGGCAUCUGCAACUUGAAGGAAAUGGUCAAGGAUGUAUAGCUAACAGCGGGGAUCGUUUUUGUACAUGGAGAGAUGCUAAGUGGCCUUGGUGUUGACUCCAAAAGGUCGGACUAGCUUGGUCCUCUACGUUAACAUGGGACACAAAUCGUGGCAAAGAAGUUUGGUUUCUCUGUAUCUGCCUAGCUUUUUGGAUUAGUUCAGCUCCCUCCUGAACAUGAGCUGCUUCAUACUCACACUACUUGUCGAAAACGUCGGAUUCGUCUUUCAUUUUUCUUUUAUUUUUUCAUGUAAUUUUGUUUCUAUAUGUGAUGGAAUGGUAACUACUUUUAGUUUUGAGUGAUAUUCAAGUUGUGGGAUAUCAAAUCAAGGCCAAUCCACUUCACAUGCUAUGGGCAGCCUAAAAUGCCUUAGAAAUCAAGGGCCUUAAUUCUUCAGAGCAACAAACAACAAAAAGAAAUACUCAAGCAGAAGAGUUUACUCGUGACGAAAAUAUUUGGUUGCUUGUAAGUACGGAAUUUAUUUCUCUUUAUAUGCAAACCACAGUUUAACAUG